GUUCGAGCGACUGCGCAAGAGCUUCGUCGAGUUCACAGUGGCGCACCCCUCGCGUAAGUUUCGCCAUGAAAAAGUGGACGUCAAGCUGCUCCUUGAGCGGCGUGACGAGACUUAUGUCGACGUGGCCCAGGUUUUCGUAUGGAGGUCGCUGAAGGCCUUUUGCGACGCCGAGUAUGCAACCAUGUCGUUCAAAAACGACAUGCAGCGUCGAGCGUUCUUGCUACGCUCCGGGAUCAAGCUGCAGAAGGACGACCGAGGAGUCGAGGGUGUGGCGGUCCCCAAAGACGACAACGGGUCUGAGUCCAAGGAAAUCAAAAUCGGAAAAAGGUUGUCUGCUGCGAAGGUGCGACAGCAGGACAUGUCCGAGGGAUAUUCCAAGGAAGCGAUCAAGGAGCAGCAGAGGAAGAAUGCCCAAAACUUGGUGGUGUCCAGCAGCACUCAGGCCCCAAGCAGUGGACGCUGUAGAGUCAUUCCGAGUCGCAGUACGAUAAUGUGCCUCGCUCGACUUGAGUACUUCAAUCUUAUUGCUUCGUGUGCUCGCAGGCUGAGAUCGACGCGUCCAAAGGCUCGAUGGAGGAGGAUGAAACGGCCAACUGCGAAGAGGAGGAUGAUGCUGCAAGCAGCGCAUCUUCGCAAUUUGGGUUGGAGGCUCCUGCUCCAAAGCGCCGUGUCCUGUCAAAGAGUAGCGGCGCCCAGCCGUCAAAGGCAGCAGCAAAGAGUAAGGCUCUCCGGCCAGCAGAGGGUGUGGCCUCCCCGGGUCGAAAGAAGUUUGCAGGCUCUCCGAAAGGCUCUCCUUUGGCUUCUAGCUCUGCUGCAGUGUUGA